GGCUCCAGGAACGUUCUGGGAUGCUUUUAUUGUGGCGGUGUGAGGGUUCUAAAGGGACUAGGUUCAACCUGCUCAGCUGGACUUCACUCACUUGCACGAGCUGUGCUGGAAGAGCGAGAAGCCGACACCUUGCCGGAGAGGAGAGGUCGCGAAGCAUCAUGUUCUUGGCUUGCCAGCGCGUGUGAAAAGCGAGACGACGGGGAGGAGCUUAACACUUCACUUCUCCGGUGGCGACAAUCCUGCAGAUCCAUCACCUCUGAACAAGUUGUAGCAAGAUGGCAACCAGUGUCCUCAUGCACUGCCUCCUCCUGAGCGCCUUACUCACCGUCUCCUCCGGCGGCCUGGUCCAGAAGAUGCUGCGCCAUCGCCGCCAAGCUCCUCAAGGACUCAACGUCACCACGCCCGGCUCGGAUCAGCCGGUGGUUUUCAACCACGUCUACAACAUCCACGUCCCCGCCAGCAGCCUGUGCUCCGGCAGCCCGGACGACGCCGAGAGCGUGCGGCCGACGGAGACCGCCGUGGCCUCCGGCCGCCUGGCCACGCAGCACGCCGCCGACGGCGAGAACCAGAUGGUCUUCACCCACCGCAUUACCAUCCCUCGCCAGGUGUGUGGCUGCGGUGCUGAGGAGCAGGCCCUGAGGGACCUCAGGAGCCGCAUCGAGAUGCUGGAGGGGGUGGUGUCGGCCUUGAGGAGUCAGUGCGCCGGCGUCGCCAACACCUGUUGUGGCGCCCAGGUGGCAGGGAACGUGCGAACCGAGCCUCUCUGUGGCGGCCAUGGGAACUACAGUGCGGAGAACUGCAGCUGUCGAUGCGAGCCCGGCUGGACGGGUCCUAACUGCGCCGAGUCCCGGUGUCCCAACAUGUGCCGGGGACGAGGACGCUGUGUGGAGGGCGUGUGCGUCUGCCCAGAAGGUUUCCUCGGCGAGGACUGCUCCGACCCGAUCUGCCCCAAAAACUGCACUGAGCGCGGGCGCUGCGCCAACGGCACCUGCCGCUGUGAACCGGGCUUCGCGGGGGAGGAUUGUGGACAGCGCACGUGUCCCGGCGACUGUCACGGCAACGGCUUCUGCGUGGACGGCCGGUGCGUGUGCGCGGCGGGCUACAGCGGAGAGAGCUGCUCCAGCCUCACCUGCCUCAACGACUGCAGUGGGCUGGGCACCUGCUUCAACGGGAUGUGCAUCUGCGACGACGGGUAUCAAGGCGAGGACUGCAGCCAGCUGGCGUGUCCCAACAGCUGCUACGGCAGAGGCCAGUGCAUAAACGGGCGCUGCGCCUGCGACGUCGGCUUCGGCGGCGGCGAUUGCGCCGAGCUCUCCUGCCCCGGCAACUGCCUCCAGAGGGGGCGCUGCAUCAACGGGCAGUGCGUGUGCGAGGAAGGAUUCGUCGGCGAGGAUUGCAGCGUCAGGACCUGCCCCUCGAACUGCUUCGGCCGCGGCGAUUGCGUCGAGGGGAGUUGCGCGUGCCACCCGGGAUUUGCCGGCGACGACUGCGCCCUGCUGAGCUGCCCGAACCACUGCCGCGACCACGGCCGCUGCGUAGACGGGCAGUGCGUGUGCGACGAAGGGUUCGCCGGCGAGGACUGCGGUCGGAAAGCGUGCCUCAACGACUGCCUGGCCCGAGGACACUGCGACGGCGGCGUGUGCGUCUGCCAGGAGGGAUACUCGGGGGCUGACUGCUCCGCGCACACGUGCCCGGACAACUGCAACGACAGGGGGCGCUGCAUCAACGGGAGGUGCGUCUGCGAGAGCGGGUAUGAAGGGGAGAGCUGCGCGGAGCUGAGAUGCCUCAACAACUGUCACGACAAAGGACGCUGCAUGAAGGGGCAGUGCCUCUGCGACGAGGGAUACAUCGGGGACGACUGCUCCGACGUGUCUCCUCCGAGGGAUCUUUCUGUCGGCGAGGUCACCGCGGAGACGGUGGCCUUGUCCUGGGCCAACGACAUGCUGGUGACCCAAUACCUGGUCACGUACGUGCCCACUCAGCCCGGCGGGCUCCCCCUGGAGUUGACCGUGCCGGGGGACCGAACCAACGCCACGGUCAGAGAGCUGGAGCCGGGCUUGGAGUACCAGGUCAACGUCUACGCCGUCCUGAGCAACAAGAGGAGCGUCCCGGUCAGCGCCAGGGUGGCCACAGCUCUUCCCCAGCCAGAAGGCCUGAGGUUCAAGUCUGUCAGGGAAACCAGCGUUGAGGUGGCGUGGGAGCAGCUCACCUUCCGCUUCGAUGGCUGGGAGAUCUACUUCCGCAACACGAAAGAAGAAAACGGAAAGGUGGUGAGCGUCGUUCCCUCUUCUCAAAAUCACUUCCGUCAGUCGGGCCUGGGACCUGGCCAGGAAUACGAGGUGUCCAUCAGCGUCAUCAAAAACAACACCAGGGGACCCCCGACCUUCACACGAGUCACAACCAACAUCGACGCCCCGCCGCAGCUCCAGGUCCAGGACGUGACCGACUCCUCGGCACUGGUCAGCUGGUCUCAGCCGGUAGCGCCGUCCGACCGGGUCACCGUCUUUUACAAGCCCGGCUCCGCCUCCUCCGAGGGCGUCAAGGUGGAGAUCUUCCCGCCGGACAAGCAGCACAGCCUGGAGGGUCUCCAGCCCGACACGGAGUACACCGUGUCCCUGGUCUCCCGCCGGCGAGACGCCAGCAGCGAGCCGGCGGUGGCCAACUUCACCACAGCGCUGGACGCCCCCAGGGAGCUAGCGGCGCUGUCCCAGACGGAGAACAGCAUCACGCUACGUUGGCGCAACACCCGGGCUAACGUGGACAGCUACCGGGUGAAAUACAGUCCGCUGUCAGGCGCCGCUCACGGCGAGGAAGUGUUCCCUCGAGGACCCGGAGACUUCACCACGGCGACAAUCAGCGGGCUGAAGCCAGGGACCGAGUACGGGAUCGGCGUGACCGGCGUGAAGAUGGAGCGGGAGAGUCUGCCAGCCACCGUAAACGCCGCGACGGACCUGGACCCUCCGAGGGCUUUGGAGCAAACGGCGUCCACGGAGACCUCCAUCGCCAUCCGCUGGCGGAAGCCCCGCGCCAAAGUCAGCAGCUACAGGCUGGUGUACGUCUCCGGGGACGGCCGAGUGGAGGAGGCUGAGGUCCCCCCCGCCGACACCGCCUUCGUCUUAGUCGACCUGACGCCCGCCAUGAGCUACACCAUCACCUUGACCGCGGAGCGAGGCCACAAGAUGAGCGCACCGGUCACCAUGACCGCAUCCACAGAGGCUCUCAAGCCCACAGUGGGCGAGCUCACCUUUUCCGACGUAACGUGGGACGGCUUCACGGCGUCCUGGAGCCCCUCGGCCGGCGCCGACUUUGACAGCUUCGUGGUAGAGAUAACAAACCUGGACAAUAUGGCGGAGAGCCAGAACCUCACCGUGUCGGGGGGCGCCCUCAGCCUGGGCCUGUGGGGCCUGAACGCCAACACCAGCUACAUGGUGGGCCUGUACGGGCUCUACCAGGGCUCCUUCCUGGAGCCCGUGUACGCCGAAGCGCUCACAGAGGCGGAACCCGAGGUGGACCACCUUUUUGUCUCUGACAUCACCGCUGACAGCUUCCGCGUGUCCUGGGCGGCGGACGAGGACCUCUUCGACCGAUUUGUCAUCAAACUGCGGGACAGCAAGAGGUCUGGACGCCCUCAGGAGCACAUUGCCGCCGGGGACGAGCGAACCAGGCUGAUCACUGGACUUGUGGGGGGCACAGAGUAUGAAAUUGAGCUGUACGGCAUAUCUUUGGACCACAGAUCCCAACCGAUCUUCGGUGUAGCUCAGACAGGCCUGAUGACACCAAAAGGCCUUCGUUUUUCUGACGUAACCGACUCCUCGGCUGUCGUCCAUUGGUCCGUGCCUCAGUCGGCAGUAGACAACUAUCACAUCACAUAUGUGCCGUUUGAAGGAGGAAGCCCCAUGACGGUCACUGUGGACGGCGACGUCCUCCAGGCCUUACUGCCCAACAUGAGUCCCGGCAGGGUGUACCAGGUGACCGUCAGUGCCAUGAAGGGUCUGGAGGAGAGCGACCCCAGCGCUGACUCCGUAACCACAGCUUUGGACCGACCUCGAGGUCUGACCGUGGUAAAUGUGACGGACAGCUCUGCUCUGUUGUUGUGGCAACCGUCCGUGGCCCUGGUGGAUGGAUACGUGGUCAUGUACACCUCCGAGUCAGCGUCUCCAGUCGUAGAGCGUGUUUCCGGGGCUACGGCAGAGUUAGCCAUGGGGUCGCUGGCUCCGGGGAGUCUCUACACUGUGGAGCUCUUUUCCACCAAAGAGGCUCAGAAGAGUGCGUCUAUUGGAACAGAAUUUACCACUGAUGUGGACCCUCCCCGAGAUCUGGCAGCCGUCAACAUUGAAGCAGACAGCGCCACUCUAACGUGGAAGCCUCCGCAGUCCUCCGUCAGCGCCUACGUCCUGACCUUCUCCUCAGCGGACGGCUCGGCCCGGGAGGUGACGCUGAGCCCCACCGCCUCGUCCUACAACAUGGCCGAGCUGGCCAAGUCCACGGAGUACACGGUCCGAAUGCGGGCCGUCGCCGGAGACGGGAGGAGUCGCCACGUGGCCACGGUCUUCACCACAGAUGGAGAGCUGCACCGAUACCCCAAAGACUGCGCUCAGAUCUUCCUGAACGGAGAGACGGCGUCGGGCGUGUACACGGUCUACGUGGGCGGCGUGGACACCCAGGCCAUCCAGGCGUACUGCGACAUGGACACUGACGGCGGGGGAUGGACGGUCUUCUUGAGGCGCCAGAACGGCAAGCUGGACUUCUUCCGGAACUGGAAGAACUACACGGCUGGGUUCGGGAACGUGGACGACGAGUUCUGGCUCGGUCUCAGCAACCUUCACAAGAUGACGUCUGGCGGUCACUACGUUCUGCGCGUGGACCUGAGGGACAGCGGCGAGUCGGCCUACGCUCAGUACGACAGAUUCACCAUCGCCGAGCCCAGGACGCGCUUCAAGAUCUACAUCGGGGCUUACAGCGGCACGGCAGGCGACUCCAUGACGUACCACCAGGGCCGCCCCUUCUCCACCUACGACAACGACAACGACAUCGCCGUCACCAACUGCGCGCUGUCCUACAAAGGAGCCUUCUGGUACAAAAACUGCCACCGCGUCAACCUGAUGGGCAAACAUGGCGACACCAGCCACAGCAAGGGCGUCAACUGGUUCCACUGGAAGGGGCACGAAACCUCCAUCCAGUUCGCCGAGAUGAAAAUGAGGCCGGCCGACUUCGGGAGUUUCCAGAGCAGGUAAAACAAAAUAAUAAGAAGAGAGGAGGACGGCUGAGCUAGCGACCUGACGACACAUUUGGACACACUUCGAAGGCGCGAAUUUGUCACAAAAAAAAACAAAACAUUUUUAUCAACUUUAUGGUGAUUUAAGUCAUAUUCAAAUUGUUCUUAUUGUCACAGGAGACGUAACUGCCGAUACAAAUAAAUAUUGUUUGCUUGAAA